AUGGCGGCCAUCUACAGGGCAAACCCUCUCGAAGCCCAAGGUUACAAUCGGCCCAAGCCGAUUACGAACCUCCAACGCCAUCAGAUUGGCCAGGCGCUUGACUACGGUCAUCUCGACGCGUUCGGUGUCCCAAUGCUUCAAUCGAAAGCCUACAAAGAUGCCCAGGAGUUCCUCAAAGCAGAGAAGGAUUACCGUGAACGCGAACGUUUCCUGGAUCGCAUCACGCCUUCGAGGCGAGCGGGGACCGCGAUCUCCGUUGGUACCUCUACCUCUACAAGCGGGUUGCCGAUCCCUGAUCAGACAGGUUACGUGUACAACUACCCCGCUGAAGUUACGGCUCAAACUGGCCUUCAGUUCCAGGCUCCCAGUGGGGGGAAGGAGGUUCCCGAGGAGAAGCUAAAUCUGAACACCAAAAAUGUCAAUCCUGUUAUUCAGACGCGAGAGAUGGAGAUCCGCGUAGAUCCAAUGGACGGCACGCAUCGAGUCGGCGUCGCGACCGGAGUUGUUGACCGCUCGCCCAAGUUCCCGCGCCGAAAGGAGACUAUGUUAUGCCCGGAACGUUCCCUGGCCGAACGGCUGAAGUUCCCAUGGAGGUAUCAGAACGCAACCUUCGUCUCCGUUCCAGCUCCUACGCCACACGCCGAGUUCCGAAAGUACGAGCCACCUCCCGUGCCAGUCUUCAACCAGGGAAAGAAGCGAGCCGGCAGCAGCACUUUGUACACCGCUCAAGACAAGAAGAAGGCGAGAGUUAUAUGGGACGACAUAGGGGCAAGGAGGAGGUUAGCAGCCGUCGGCAGGGACGAUGAUCCUCCAAAAGUGCCUGUUCCCCAACCGACUCCUCCUGACUUUCCCACUCUUCCGAAAGCUGUGGAUCUGACGGUGGAGGUCCCGAGAGGGACUAAGCGCAAGGCUAAAAGGUCGCCCGAGGCGUUAUGA